AUGAAAGCCCAAGUGAAGACCCGCAAUGGCAUUCUACUGUCAACGCUCGCGUCAUUCAUCACUUACUACCUGCCACUCACCACAACUCGAUACCUUGCAGCAAUGUCUUCUGUCGACAACAGUGAAGUCUCUGAGCCACCGACCAGACACCUUCGGGGCGGAAGGGUCCAGAAGCGUCGAAUCCCAGCUGAAGAAGAAGAUGAAGAAGGAGAUGGCGAAUCCUCGGUGCAAGAAACUGCUCCCAAGAAGCGUAGGCCUGGUCGACCCAAGGGCUCAGCGAACAAGCGAAAACUCAGCAAGGCCGAACAAACCCGACAGAAGGGAGAAAAGAGAGAACCUUGGUAG